AUGUCUACAGCCUCUACCGUGGUCUUCUGCUCCUCCCUCCGCCAACGUCCCGAAUGGGCACCAGUGAUCUCCCUUCUAACAAGCAACACACCGCCCUUCCAAGAAAGCAGAUUAAACACACACGACAUUGCCCUGCCCAUCUCCCAAAACCGGUCCUACCGCGUUAUCCUCCUCUCGCCAAAAGACGUUGGCCAACAAGCCACUGAGAAGCGCCUCGAGCGUCUCUACAGCCUUGACGGAGGCCGCAACAUCGCCGUCAUCUUCCUCAUCGGUGAAGUUGUCCAUCAGGCUGAUGCGAUACGGGCUUUCAUGGAGUUCAAGAUUGACCUGAUGGAGAAGAAGCUGGACCUACUUGCAGUCCCUCUGACGUCAUACAUGGAGCUUCCGUCAACGCUUGCGUGUGUCCGGAAGAUGCUCGCCGCAGUACUGCCCGCUCUUGAGCCCGUCUUUGGCUCUUCUUCGUUCCUCUCUCUAACCCAAAAUCCCUCCAUCGCCCUAAUCCCGUAUAUGGCCGGCAGCAACAGGCCCCUCUCAGAACACAGCGCCAACCUUCUCAGCGAAGUAGGCCAGUCCCCACGCGAGAUUGCCGCCCUCGCCGGUACAGAGGAGGGCAGGGUGCGAAUCCUGGACGUGUUGGGUCCCCAAGACGGCCAAGCCAUUCUGGGGUUCCUGGCGCUAGAGAGGUUUGCUUAA